AAACACCAUGAGUUACAUGCGGGGCGCUACCGAUGACCCUCUCCUUGACGUGACCUUCGGACAGCUGCUGGACGACACGGCGGCACGAUGGCCGGACAGAGAGGCGUAUGUGUUCAAGAAGACAGGUUCAAGGGUCACGUUUGCCGACAUACAAGAAAAGUAAACACCAUGAGUUACAUGCGGGGCGCUACCGAUGACCUUCUCCUUGACGUGACCUUCGGACAGCUGCUGGACGACACGGCGGCACGAUGGCCGGACAGAGAGGCGUUUGUGUUCAAGAAGACAGGUUCAAGGGUCACGUUUGCCGACAUACAAGAACAUACAACCAGACUGGCAGCAGGACUGAAGGCCAUAGGUACGGCACGAGGGGAUGUAGUCGCCUGGCUCUUCGGUCACCGCCCGGAAUGGAUCUACUUGUACUUCGCCGUGGCCAAGUUAGGAGCUAUUGCGUUGCCAUUGCAGGAGGAGCGUGUCGGGCGCAGCGUGGAGACCAUGAAUUACUUCCUGAAUAAGGCUGGUGUGAAGGUCCUUAUCAUGGCUGACAAAUCGGAAACCCAACCAGCAGACGAGAAGACCUCUUUCCUGGAAACUUUGUUUCCGGAAAUCAAAACAGCCGAUCCUGGGAUGCUGAAGAUUGAAAGAAUCCCCACGUUGACCAGUAUCAUUGUACUCGCAGACGGGGCAACAGGAACCGGUGCCUACACCAUGGAGGAGGUGCAGAGGCUGGGGAAUGACGAGUCUCUCCUGGCUGAAGUCAGGACUCUGCAGGACCAGCUCAGCUGCCGCGACACCUUCAUGUUGGGAUUCACUUCGGGAAGUACCGGCCUACCGAAGUGUGCUGAACUAACUACUUACGCCCUUCAUAACAACACCCGUGUCAUCGGCAAGGUCAUUGGUAUGCCGAAUGAGGGAACAGCACUCUACCCGUACCUGACAUUCCGGUUCGCUGUGAUCUACCCCUUCACGGCGGGGUGCACACUGGUUGUUCCUGCAAGUUCGUCGCCGUCGUCUGUGGAAAUGUUGGAAAUACUUCAAGAGGAGAAGUGCAAGGCGAUCGGCGUAUUAUAUCUGAAGGAAUGCCAUGGCUUGUUACAUGAUCCACACCUCGGUGAUUACGAUCUGUCGUCACUUGACCGAGUGCUUGUCACAGGCAACGUCACGCCAAAGAGUCUUGUUGAUCAUGCCGCCAAAGUCCUGCCGAAUGCGAAGAUGUUUGUUGGCUAUGGUGGAACAGAGUUCAUAUUUUUGACAUCAACGUCAGCCGAGAAGGUUGCGGAAGGGAGAGGAUCCACGGUGGGCAAGCUGUUAGAACAUGCUGAGAUGCAGCUUGUCGACACAGACGGCCGGGUUGUACCAUUAGGCCAUGAAGGGGAGGUGUAUGUGAGAGCGUACUCAUUGUUUAACGGGUAUCGUGGAGACGAGGAGAAAACAUCUAAGGCGAUGACAGCUGACGGAUGGUACAAAACAGGUGAUGUUGGUGUUCUCGAUGAAGAAGGAGUCCUAAAGCUUUUUGGCAGAGUUUCGGAUAUGAUCAUCAGGAAUUCCUUCAACGUGCACCCGACUGCCAUUGAGUCUCCUUUGUCGAAGCAUCCGAAGGUGCAAGAUGUCAGGGUUGUUGGUGUGCCUGAUCCGGCCAGUGUGGAGGAGAUCUGCGCAUGUGUCAUCCUGAAGGAAGGACAAACCGCGGACUCCCAGGAGAUGACGAAGUUCUGUGCAGAGAUCGGGCUCGUUCCGAUAGAAAUGCCCGGAUAUUUCCUCUUCAUGGACGAGUUUCCGAUGACUUUGACACGACGCAAGGUUGACCGGAAGAAGUUGAGACUGAUCGCCAUGGAGAAGCUUGGUCUGAAGGAGGAGGCCUGAUCUAAAACCUGUUUGGUUCACCAUUGUAAAACCUGGCCUAUCCGACUAAAAUAUCACGAUACAUUUGUGAUGGAAAAACUUAACUUGCUUUGUGUGGCCUACAACCGACUUAUAGCUUGCUGUGACCUCGCUGCGACGUAAAUCUAAUUUGUAUUACCCUAUAUUUCAUAUAUAGUUAGACAAAUCAUAUAUAUAUAUAUAUAUAUAUAUAUAUAUAUAUAUAUAUAUAUAUAUAUAUAUUUUAUUAUCGCUGUUAACAAAAAUAACGCCAUUUUUUAGAAUCCUGUUUCCUGGUCACCUGAAUGAGUAACGUUCAUCAAUGGUACAUCCUAGCCUUGUGCCCAAACCUUAGCAAAGCUUCUCUUUCGCCCUCUCUAGUUUGCAGAGGGGACAAAACGCGGCACCAUAAGAGGUUUGGAUACCUGAGACUAAGUAAGUCCAUAUUAGAGUUUAUGUCACUGAGUAAGCUAUUGAUAUCAUCAGUUUAAGUCAAUUUUAAAUAUACAAGAAAUAUAGAUAACGAGCUUUUGUCUUUAUCACGGUAAGCGUCAUGGGUACACGUUGCAUUUUUUAGAGUUUAUGUCACUGAGUAAUCAAAGCUAUUGAUAUCAUCAGUUUAAGACAAUUUUAAAUAUACAAGAAAUAUAGAUAACGAGCUUUUGUCUUUAUCACGGUAAGCGUCAUGGGUACAAGUUGCGGAGACUACAAAUGUAAGCGGGACAUUUACUAUUAACUCCCUAUUUACAGUGCAGUAACUUGUCCUAAGCUGACUCAGAGUUAACUUAAAAUCUGUAUUAAAGUUUGAGUUGGUGAUCUCAA